GGUUAGUCUACGUUGGUGAGCCAUGAAUAGUCCCGAACUCUUAUCAGCAGCUUUCCCUUACAAUGCGUUCCACAGACAACACAGCUGGCCUACUACCAAGUUUCCUAGCCUCCGAUUACGGGACCGAUCCGUGAAGCAAGACGAUGGGAUUUCUACAACCUCGAGGGUAGAGAUGGUCCCUGAAGCCUCCGCCCAGGAGUGCGCCUCCGCUGCUGCGCAGGAGAUCCUGAUAUCGUCUCCUGGCAGCAGUAAAGCCAGGCAGAAGAAGUUCCAUCGCCAUUUUAAGACCGUACCACCUGACGAGAAAGUCCUUAACUAUUACUCCUGUGCCCUAGUAGCGGACAUCUUACUGCAGGGCCACUUGUAUAUUACGCGGAACUACUUUGCUUUUUAUUCCAACGUAUUCGGCUAUGUGACCAAGCUCCUCAUACCGACAUCAACAGUGCUAAAAGUAACCAAAGAAAAAACAGCAUAUAUAAUACCAAACGCUGUAGGUAUCACCACUGAGGAUGACAAGCAUGUUUUUGGCUCUCUUCUUUCUAGGGACAGUACAUACAAGCUUAUGGUGCAAGUGUGGAAUGCUGCUCUUGCUCCGACUCCUUGCAACACGCUCGUGAAACCAGAUUGUAUUGAAGAAAGGUUAAAAGAAGAGCUGGAGGAACCAAUAAUACCUGACGAGGAGUCCAGUCUCUCUGGGAGUGAGUCGAACUUAGAAUCUAAGUUAACUAGUACCACUGUAGACACUCCAGGAAAGGGGAACACACAGAAAAUGGCAGGCAUAGAGGUGAAAUCGUAUCAUGAUAUGUUUUCGCAAACGACACCUGGUACUCGGGCGCCAUUUCUUACAUUCCUUAGAAGUCUUCCAAGGCCAACAUUACUUCUCGUAAUAUCGACUGGCUUGCUGAUUCUUCUGUUUGCCUCUGCCACCGUCCUACUCUAUCGAAUCGCCAGGCUUCAGCAACCUUAUGAUUUCUCAUCUAGAUCAAUGAAUGAAGUUCACGCUUACAUCAAUACAAAUUUGGAGCACAUUUCCAAAGUGCGGGAAUCACUUGAGAAGCUUUCAUUUUUAAUAGAAAAUGGAGGAAAAUAUCAUAGUUAGCAUCUUUCCACUUAUGAAAUCCUCAGAAGUAUUAUUAGAUUAGUGAAACUUUGAGAAGAAUCAUAAAAUAGCCUUUAAGUCCCAGUUGUAGCUAUUAUUGACAAUAUUUUAUCAUUUAGGUAUUUUUUUCAUUGUAAAAUUUUAGAGACUGUACUUAACGUUGGGAGCUUUGGCAGAAUGAGCUACAAUCUUACCGCCAAAACCCUCGUGAUCCCUUUUUAUUGCUCAUUUAGGCACAAAAUUUUCAAUUUUAGGUAGUAUUAACCUCAAUUUUUCCCAUUUUAACAGAAGCUGGGUUUCUUUUGAGAUUUAGCUGAACCUGAAGUAUUUUAUUUAUUUCUGGUUUAAAUAAAGAAGUGUUGGUGCUCAGUUCCUUAGGGAUUAUAAAUUUCCCCUUUGUAGAAAGGAGAUAUCUAUUAAGCGUUCUCUUUAAUCCAAGAAGGGAUUUUAUCAAAGGGAUAUUCUCUUUGUAGGCUUAGCAUUGACAAGUUUUAGAUCAUAUAUACAUAUACAGUGUAUAUUUUAUUGGUACAAUUUAAUUCCUAUGGAUAUUACGCGAAUGAUAUGAUUAUAUCAUUGAGUUGUGAGAAACGCUCCAUUUACUAGAUUAACGUGUACAUUUUUUUUUACUCUGAUGCAUUUGACAGAGGUUGUAAAUAUUUUCGGUUAAAGUUCAAUGAACUUAUGUUGCGUACGAUUGAGAAAAUUGAAUGUUAUGAAGUUUUGUAACGGUCGAAUUGUUGCAUAUCAUUUGUUGUUAUUGUUGAUUUUUGCAUUUUUAUUGGGUUUUUUUAUCGAAUAAUUACAAUUUUUUAUUGUGAUGCUUUAAUUAAAAUAUUUAGUUGUAUUAAUUUAUUUUUUAGUUGUACUAGAAAACUUUUUUAUCAAAUACCUAUUGCUUUUAUGAACAUUUGUUAGUUUUAAUUUAGAAACGCAAAAUAAGUGAGAAAAAAUAUAAACAAAAUUUAAUGUUAGUGAUAACGACCUUCAACAUUUGUGAUCAAAAGUGUGUUGAAUCGUGCAAUUAAAAUUGUUGUAUCUUUUUUAAUUUAUAAUUUGAUGUUAAUGUAAGUCUAGUUAUUAAGUUGGAUUUUUUUUUAUAUCUAAAUAUGUGUAAACAAACCUAAUUAAGUUGCUUAUGAAAUUUCCAAAUAGAAAAUACAAAAACUUUAAUGACUUGUAUUUUGUCUUUUAUUUUAUUUUAUGUACUUCCUA